AUGUUCAAGGCCGCUCUUCGCAACUCGAUACGUUCGAAACCAGGCAGCUCGACGCUGCUCCGUUCAUCAACGCCGAGAUCGCACCAACUUCGCGCCCUCUCCUCUUCCAGCUCUAGCACGGCCCGCAAUGGUAGCAGCAACGUCAAGGGCCUCGUCGCAGGUCUGGUCGGUCUCGCCCUGCUCGCCUCGUCCAUCCCCAACGGCAGCGUGCAUAGCGAGCAAGCGCGCUCUCCACCCUCCACCGUCGCGCCCGCCGCAGCCUCCGAUCCCGACAACAAGCUCAUCUCCAUGUCCACCGUCGCGCAGUACAAUAAGCUGCCUUCAGAAGGCGGCCAGGGACUGUGGGUGGUCAUCAAGGGCGAAGUCUACGACGUCACCGAGUUUGUCGACAAUCAUCCCGGUGGACGCAACAUCAUCCUCAAAAACGCGGGUACGGACGUGACGGAGAUCUACGAGCCCAUCCACCCGCCCACUGCGAUUGCCGACAACCUCGACUCCUCCGCACACGUGGGCAGUGUCGAUCCUUCCACGGUAGUCGUCAAGCAGGCCGGGGAGGAGAGCGAAAAGGACCGCAAGAGGCGCAUUGCGCGCGAAAACCUGCCGAGCCUCGGAAGCGUGCUCAACCUGGACGACUUUGAACGCAUCGCAGAGAGCAUUCUGACCGACCAGGCGUGGGCGUACUACUCGUCCGCCGCCGACGACGAGAUCACCAAAGCGCAGAACCGGGCGAGCUUCAACCGCGUUGUUUUCCGACCGCGGAUCCUGCGUGCCAUCGGUCAGAUCGAUAGCUCCGUCCACCUCGUCCCCACCUCUUCGUCGGGAGGGUUCGACUGCGCGCUACCAAUCUACGUGUCGCCCGCAGCCAUGGCCAAGCUGGGUCAUCCGGACGGCGAGCUCAACCUCACCCGUGGCGCAGGUAAAGCGGCCAUCAUCCAAGGCAUCUCCGCCAACGCCUCGGUCGGACUCGACGAGAUGCUCGACGCACGCCAACCCGGUCAGCCCGUCAUCUACCAGCUCUACGUUAACAAGGACCGCGCUGCGUCGGAGCGCAUCUUGCGCAAAGUAGAGGGAAAGGGUGUGUCGGCGGUGAUGCUGACGGUGGAUGCGCCUGUGAUGGGCAAGCGAGAGCGCGACAUGCGGGCUAAGGGGGAGGAGGUCGAGAUGGGCGUCGACCACGGCAAGGACAUCAAGAACCCCGGCGGCGGUGUCGCCCAAGCGAUUUCGGGGUACAUCGAACCAAAUCUGACGUGGGACGACAUCAAAUGGUUCCGCAAGACCUGCAAGCUGCCGCUGUAUCUCAAGGGCGUGCAGACCGUGGAGGAUGUCGAGCUGGCAGCCAAGCACGGCGUGGAUGGUGUCGUGCUGAGCAACCACGGUGGCAGGAGUCUCGAAUACGCACCCGCCGCACUGGACGUGUUGAUCGAUCUGAGGCAGAGACGGCCGGAUCUGUUUGACAAGGUGGAAGUGUUCAUGGAUGGAGGCGUGAGGCGGGGGACGGAUGUUCUGAAGGCCGUAGCGCUGGGAGCUAAGGCGGUCGGGUUGGGGAGGCCGUUCCUGUACGCUCAGAGCGGGUACGGCGAGGCAGGCGUGACAAGGGCGAUUCAGAUUCUACAGGAUGAGAUCCAGAGGGGAAUGCAGCUGCUCGGUGUCACCUCGUUGGACCAGUUGACGCCUGAGAUGGUAGAUGUUCUGCCGAGGCAGUUCUUCCCCAUGCCCGCGAGGACCGAGGAGACUUCGUCAGCGUAA